AUGCAUAUUAAAUGGUUAUUUAAUCUUGAAUAUCUUCUUCUUGAACAUAUACUUAUAUGUCAUGAAAAACAUAUUCAUCCAUUAAAUAAAACAUAUGAAAAUUCUCCUAUAAUUACAUUUGAACAUGCAAUAAAUUCAUCUUAUUAUAAUAUUGAUCCAUCAUUUGUUUCCAUAAUGAUAAUAAAUUAUAUAAAAAUGUUUAUUUUACGAAAUUCUUAUAAUGAUCAACAAGAAUUUUCAUUUAUACAAUUUGGUAUAACAUCACAUAUACGUUAUUUAUUAAUUGAAUUACCAACAUAUAAUCAUAAUGAUGACAAAGAUUUAAAUGAUAAUUGUUUUAAAUGUCAUCAAUAUUCAUUAAUAAUAAAUAUAUUAUUUGAUUUAUUAUUUGAUUUAAUUGAAUAUGAUUUAUGUGAAAUAAUAUCUAAAACAAAAUAUCGUUCAUCAUUAAUUGAAGAUGAUUAUUUUACAAGAUUUUUACAAUCAAAUAUAACUAAAACUAAUCCAUAUUAUCGUAUUAAAUUAAUUAUUUAUUUUAUUGAAUUAAUUGGUAUACAUAUGAAUAAAUGCCAAAAUAAAAAACAAUUUCAAUUUAAUCAAAAUGAAAAUAAAUUAUUUCAUUCUGUGGAAGAUUUUAUUCGACAUAUUGUAUCUCAAACAAAUAAUUCAAUCGACGAAAAAAUUUCCAUAUGCUUUAAUGUUAUGGAAUUAUGUCUUUUAUUUGUUAAUGAAAAAGAAAUUCGGAUAAAACAAAUGGCAUUAUUUUUAUCAGAACUAUGUCAAGAUAAUUCAAAAUGUUUGAAUGUGUUUCUAUUUGACAAUAAUUUACUUCCUGAUAUUCGUUUAUUAUUAAUAAAUGAAUUAGCUUCAAAAAAAUUUAAUUUAAAGUUUAUUUCAAUUAAUUAUAUUAAUGAAUUUUUUCGACAAAUUCAAAAUAUUUUAAGUUCAUCAGAAGUGAGUAGAAUAAAUAUUCAAGUAAAAUUCUUUCUACAAUAG